GGAGCAGCGCGCCGCGUUCAUGUUCCGCCAGGAGCAGCCGCUGGCCGAGGGCAGCUUCGCGCCCAUGGGCUCCCUGCAGCCGGACGCGGGCAACGGCAGCUGGAACGGGAGCGAGGCGCCCGGGGGCGGCGCCCGGGCCACCCCUUACUCCCUGCAGGUGACGCUGACGCUGGUGUGCCUGGCUGGCCUGCUGAUGCUGUUCACGGUGUUCGGCAACGUGCUGGUUAUCAUCGCCGUGUUCACCAGCCGCGCGCUCAAGGCGCCCCAGAACCUCUUCCUGGUGUCCCUGGCCUCAGCGGACAUCCUGGUGGCCACGCUGGUCAUUCCUUUCUCUUUGGCCAACGAGGUGAUGGGUUAUUGGUACUUCGGGAAGGUGUGGUGCGAGAUCUACCUGGCUCUCGACGUGCUCUUCUGCACGUCGUCCAUCGUGCACCUGUGCGCCAUCAGCCUGGACCGCUACUGGUCCAUCACGCAGGCCAUCGAGUACAACCUGAAGCGCACGCCGCGCCGCAUCAAGGCCAUCAUUGUCACCGUGUGGGUCAUCUCGGCCGUCAUCUCCUUCCCGCCGCUCAUCUCCAUAGAGAAGAAGGGCGCGGGCGGCGGGCCGCAGCCGGCCGAGCCGAGCUGCAAGAUCAACGACCAGAAGUGGUACGUCAUCUCGUCGUCCAUCGGCUCCUUCUUCGCGCCUUGCCUCAUCAUGAUCCUGGUCUACGUGCGCAUCUACCAGAUCGCCAAGCGGCGCACCCGCGUGCCGCCCAGCCGCCGGGGCCCGGACGCCUGCUCGGCGCCGCCGGGGGAGGCCGAGCGCAGACCCAACGGCCUGGGCCCGGAGCGCGGCGCGGGCGCCGAGGCCGAGCCGCUGCCCGCCCAGCUCAACGGCGCCCCGGGGGAGCCCGCGCCCGCGGGGCCCCGCGACCGGGAUGCGCUGGACCUGGAGGAGAGCUCGUCGUCCGAGCACGCCGAGCGCCCGCCGGGGCCCCGUCGACCCGAGCGCGGGCCCCGGGCCAAGGGCAAGCCCCGGCCGAGCCAGGUGAAGCCGGGGGACAGCCUGGCGCGGCGCGGGCCCGCGGGGCCGGGGCCGGGGCCGGGAGAGGAGCGCGGCGGCGCCGCCAAAGCGUCGCGCUGGCGCGGGCGGCAGAACCGCGAGAAGCGCUUCACGUUCGUGCUGGCCGUGGUCAUCGGCGUGUUUGUGGUGUGCUGGUUCCCGUUCUUCUUCACCUACACGCUCAUAGCGGUCGGCUGCCCCGUGCCCUACCAGCUCUUCAACUUCUUCUUCUGGUUCGGCUACUGCAACAGCUCCCUGAACCCGGUUAUCUACACCAUCUUCAACCACGACUUCCGCCGCGCCUUCAAGAAGAUCCUCUGCCGCGGGGACAGAAAGCGCAUCGUGUGAGCGCGGGCCCUGCCCUGCUCACGGACACUGGCACGAUGCAGGCGCCGGGCUUUGAGGGGGCGCGUCUGCGCUUGCAG